AAGAACAAAACACAACAGAGAUAAGAGAGAAGAAGCAGCAGCAGCAACAGGAACGAGAGUGCAAGUUUUUUGCAAACGGACAAAAGGACAGCGCAAGGCAACGUUGUGCGACGCCACACGCACACGCGCACGCAAACAUAUUGACACACAUACAUUUAUAUACAUAUACAUAUAUAUAAGGACAGACACCAAUAUGGAACUGCGCGUUGGGAACAAAUAUCGCCUGGGCCGCAAAAUUGGCUCCGGCUCAUUCGGCGACAUCUAUUUGGGCACAACAAUCAAUACGGGCGAGGAGGUGGCCAUCAAAUUGGAAUGCAUACGCACCAAACAUCCACAGCUGCACAUCGAAUCGAAAUUUUAUAAGACAAUGCAGGGCGGCAUUGGCAUACCCCGGAUCAUUUGGUGCGGCAGCGAGGGUGAUUACAAUGUGAUGGUGAUGGAGCUGCUUGGACCCUCGCUGGAGGAUCUGUUCAAUUUCUGUUCGCGCCGCUUCUCAUUGAAAACCGUGCUGCUGCUGGCGGAUCAAAUGAUAUCGCGCAUCGAUUAUAUACACUCGCGCGAUUUCAUACAUCGCGACAUCAAGCCGGACAACUUCCUGAUGGGUCUGGGCAAGAAGGGCAAUCUGGUGUACAUAAUUGAUUUUGGUUUGGCCAAAAAGUUCCGGGACGCACGCUCCUUGAAGCACAUAGCAUAUCGGGAAAACAAGAAUCUGACAGGCACCGCACGCUACGCCUCGAUCAAUACACAUCUGGGCAUUGAGCAGUCGCGACGUGACGAUCUGGAAUCGCUUGGAUACGUGCUCAUGUACUUCAACUUGGGCGCCUUGCCCUGGCAGGGUCUGAAGGCGGCCAAUAAGCGACAGAAAUACGAGCGCAUAUCCGAGAAGAAACUAUCCACAUCGAUUGUUGUUCUCUGCAAGGGCUUCCCCAGCGAAUUUGUCAAUUAUCUGAAUUUCUGCCGACAGAUGCACUUUGACCAGCGUCCCGAUUACUGCCAUUUGCGUAAAUUGUUCCGCAACCUAUUCCAUCGCCUGGGCUUCACCUAUGACUAUGUGUUCGACUGGAAUUUGCUCAAGUUUGGCGGACCGCGCAAUCCGCAGGCCAUCCAGCAGGCGCAGGAUGGCACCGAUGGCCAAGGCCAGGGCCAGGAUGCCGCAGCGGCAGCAGUAGCCGCCGCCGCCGCCGCCACUCAUCAGCAGCAACAGCACAAGGUUAACACAGCUAUGGCCACUGCCGGCGGCAGCACACAACAGAUGUUGAGCAGCAAUUCGGCUGCUGGACAAACGCUUGCCAUGCUCGGCGGCGGCGGUAUCGUCGGCGCCGGCGGCGGCAAUGGUGGAGCCGGUGCGCAGUUAAUUGGCAACGGUGGACUCAAUAUGGAUGACUCAAUGGCCGCCACAAAUUCAUCGCGACAGCCCUACGAUACGCCCGAGCGACGUCCAUCGAUACGGAUGCGCCAGGGCGGCGGCCUGCAGGCUGGCGGUGUUGUGGGUGAUUUGAUAAACAAUUGCAAGUCGGCCGCAAAAAGGCGAAAGUAUGCACUACUUUUAGCAACAGCUCCAUCUGCAAGAUACCGUUAUUCGUAAACUGUAAAAGCAAAGAGACAGGAUGACAAAAAUGAUAUGACGACAGAGAAAGAGAGAGAGAGAGAGAGAGUGCGUGUGUGAGACAGUGGGCGAAUGGGGGCGAGAGAGCAUGCAAGCGUGGCUCAUUGAGAAGAUAACAAUACGAAAUAACUAACUCGCACACAAAGCUCUGCAAUAACACACACAUACACAUACACACACACACACUCACUGCCUCUCUUAUCCACUUGCUAGCUACUUCUGUGUGUUUUGCAUUUACACUGCUCUACGGGAACAGGAUAAACAAAAUAUUUGGUUAAAUGCAUUUUUUUUUUGUUUUUGUGCUCUGUGCUAACUAUAAAAA